AGUCGUAUGGGGAUCGGCAGAAACCCUAGCGUGUGGGACAAGCCGCUUAAGUUCGACCCUGAGAGACAUUUGGGCAAUAACAUAUGCGUGGAGCUAAACGAUCCAGAUCUCAAUAUAAUAUCGUUCAGUGCGGGACGAAGAGGGUGUAUGGGUGUGGACAUUGGGUCGGCCAUGACGUACAUGUUGCUGGCUCGGUUGAUUCAAGGGUUCACGUGGUCACCAGUGCCUGGUGAGAAUAAGGUUGAUCUUUCGGAAAGCAAGAGUGACCUU